AUGUCUAGUGCUCCGCAACCACGAGACAAUAGGCUGUACACCUUUGAAGGCCGGAAUUUUUCACAGUUCGGCUUGCAGAACAACAUCCAUUGUCUACCAAUCGAUGAGGUCAGUUCAUGAUGAUCUCGGAGCAGACGACUCUAUCCCAAGAUGAUUGCCGUAAUCUGACGCGGACCACUGGCAGUCAGAGGAAAGGAAUUACGACCAGGUCAAUGCGCUGUUCAACGAGCUCUUGGGGCGUGCAAUACUCCCACCCGCGCGCCUCAACACACUGGAUGAUGCCUGGGUCCUUGAUUGCGGUUUUGGCAAGGCUGCGUGGAUAGACACAGUCGCGAACCAGCACGAUAAAGCUACCGUAAGUCCGCAAUCGCUCACCUGAGCCCGUCCCGUGGCACGGAUUCUUAGAAGCACGCACGAUGUCCACGCCUCGUUUGCGCAGCUGACAUGGUCUGCAGAUCGUUGGUGUCGACAUCUUCACCGGCAACGGCGAUGGAGGUGACACGGAUAGCGAGGACGAAAGCGAUGGGCCGGACAACUGGAUUCGAAAGAGAUGGAACCUGAAUGCGUCCUUCAAGACGAGCGGAGACAUGCACCUCAGGCCAGAUACGUUUAAUCUCAUCAACAGUCGAUUUCUGGCAGACGGUAUAAACGCAGAUCGAUGGGAGUCGUACAUCAAGGAGCUCAAGGCCAUGCUAGAGCCUGGUGGCUGGUUGCAGAUGGUAGAGGUGUCCAUGUGUUUCCAAUCUGACUCUGGCCUCCUUUGUGCCGACAACAGUUUUCUCGCUCGCUGGUGGCAGUGGUACCGGGCGGCUUUGAUUGCAAUGAAUAAGCAUCCCGCAGUUGGACAGGAACUUGGAAGCAGAAUGCGAGAUGCUGGAUUCGAGAGAAUCCAGGCUGAUAUGCACCGACUGCCGAUUGGUGACUGGAUGGCGGGUAAGGCCAUGGUGUCCUCUAAGGCGGCCAGACAUGGAAGGUAA